AUGGUGGCUGAAGGGGCAUGGCUGAAAGGCUCGGCAUCAUAUCAGUGCGGUCAAGUCGAGAUGCACGGGAAUACCACGGCAUCAGGAGAGCUGGGAAACCACUUGCUUUCCAAAACUCCACACCUGAGCAAGAUUUUGGCAAUGCCAACACUUUGUAGUCCUGCAGUAUUUGCCAAACAUCCAGGACGUGGCCUCCUGUCAUGGGACAGACUGAUUCACCUUCCUGACAGAAAUCAGAAAUGGAAUGUAAUGGGAAUAGUGGAAAACCGCUUCUGUAGGAAAAGACACUCCAAAAAUUACGAUAUUCAGAGGAACGGACAGCAGCUUUCACAGUGUCGACAUGCUUCAAUUUGGACUAGCACAAUUUCACAGCCAGGCCAUACAAAAGCAAACUUUCAAGUCAUGUCAAGUGCCCAGGAAUACCAUAAAGAAGAAAAAAAGUUUAAAGGGUAUAUACCCAGUUACUUAGACAAGGAUGAGCUAUGUGUAGUAUGUGGGGACAAAGCCACCGGAUAUCAUUAUCGCUGCAUCACUUGCGAAGGUUGCAAGGGGUUUUUUAGAAGAACCAUUCAGAAAAACCUCCAUCCAACCUAUUCCUGUAAAUAUGAAGGAAAAUGUGUGAUAGACAAAGUAACAAGAAAUCAGUGCCAGGAAUGUCGCUUCAAAAAAUGUAUCUUUGUUGGCAUGGCAACAGAUUUGGUAUUGGAUGACAGCAAACGGUUAGCAAAGAGGAAGCUGAUAGAAGAAAAUCGAGAGAAGAGACGUCGGGAAGAGCUGCAGAAAACCAUUGGGCACAAACCAGAGCCAACGGAUGAGGAAUGGGAGCUCAUCAGAAUUGUUACUGAAGCACACGUGGCCACCAAUGCACAAGGAAGCCACUGGAAGCAGAAAAGGAAAUUUCUGCCAGAAGAUAUUGGGCAGGCUCCAAUAGUUAAUGCCCCAGAAGGUGGGAAAGUGGAUUUAGAAGCCUUCAGCCAGUUUACAAAAAUUAUCACACCAGCGAUUACAAGAGUUGUGGAUUUUGCCAAAAAGUUGCCUAUGUUUUGUGAGCUGCCAUGUGAAGACCAGAUCAUCCUUCUGAAAGGCUGCUGUAUGGAGAUAAUGUCCCUCCGAGCAGCAGUUCGCUAUGACCCCGAGAGUGAGACUUUAACACUAAAUGGGGAGAUGGCGGUGACAAGGGGCCAGCUGAAAAAUGGUGGUCUUGGCGUAGUGUCUGAUGCCAUUUUUGACCUGGGCAUGUCUCUUUCUUCAUUUAACCUGGAUGACACCGAGGUUGCCCUUCUUCAGGCUGUUCUGCUCAUGUCAUCAGAUCGCCCAGGCCUUGUUUGCGUCGAAAGGAUAGAAAAGUGUCAAGAGGGUUUCCUCCUGGCAUUCGAACACUACAUUAAUUACAGAAAACAUCAUGUUGCACACUUUUGGCCAAAACUGCUGAUGAAAGUGACAGACCUGCGAAUGAUAGGAGCCUGCCAUGCCAGCCGCUUCCUGCACAUGAAGGUGGAGUGCCCCACAGAACUCUUCCCUCCAUUGUUCCUGGAAGUGUUUGAGGAUUAGAGAGACUGAAGUGGUUCUCUGCACCCCUGUCGCACUACUGGCUGUCAUUUCAUCGCGCUGCCCAGCACCUCUCACCCCUGUUUGUUUCUUCUUUUGUGGUCUUCUGUUUUUUGAGGUGGGGUUGGGUUUUUGUUCAGGUUUUCUUUUGGGGUUGCUGGGGAGCAGUUGUAUACACAUGGACGAGAACAUCCCUUUACUGCGGGUACUUGUGACUAUUGCAGUUUGUUCUUCAGUCCUUUGAUGUGAAUGCUUUGACAGCUUAACAGUGAAAAUACAAACAGACCAAUCUCAUUCACCAGCACUUGCGUGGUCACCAGCUCACACACAUCAUUGCUUGGAAAAUAUGGCAGAAAACCAAUUAACCUCCAAGUUAAAAUGGCUGUUGUUCAUUUGACCCCAGCAAUUCUGUCUAGUAUUACCUUGUUUUGCAGGGCACAAGUGACCAAUUGAUAAGAUAAAAUUUCUAGUCUUCUUGAUUGUUUCUAUUGUAACAGUCACCAUUACGAUCUAGGAUCUUCAUCAUCAUCAUGAUCACAUCAUCAUCUGAGGAUUGCUCCAGCACAUAGUUUAACUGUGCCCCGUAAAUCAGGUACUUAAAAUAAUGAAGAGUGUUAGAAGGGAAUGACUCUUUUUUCUUUUUUUUUUCCCCCAUAUGUAUAAGAAAGUAAGAUCCUUCAGUUCUUACUGCAUUUGAACUCCAGGUAAUUUCACUGGAAGAUCUGUUGAGUAAGGAGGAGAAUUUGAUCCUCUGAGGUGCUUUUCCUGAGAGUGAAGAGAUCUGCUUUUUCUGAGGUGCAUAGAAAAUAUGUCACUUUGAGGAAGAAGGUUCUCUAUCAGGAUAACGGGCUUUCCUCCGAGUUAUUAAGGGAUAGGAGUGCUCACGGAAUGAGGACAAAGAGAACAAAACAUGCAGGGUGACCUUCAGAUGGGACAGCAACCAGCUGUGUUAUUAACAACACUCAAGAUUGUACAGCUUUAUCCCAGUAAUACAAAUAGUGUUGCUUGGCAGUAGACUUUUGGUUUUAUAUAUAUAUAUAUAUAAAGUUUAUAUGCACGUAUAUAUAUAAUUUUAUAUAUAUAUAAUUACAAAUCUUCAGCAGAUGUCUUAGACAUGUUUCCAUAUUUUUUCUCCUCUCUCUCCUUCCUCGCCAUCUCUCAUGUUUGUGUGUUUACGUGUGUUGAUCAGCUAGGUUCUCCCUCCUUGGUGUCUCUGUGUGUUUCGUUUGGCCAGAUUCUCUCUUGAUUCCUUUAAUUUAUUUCCACUCACUGCACUGGCAGUGACUGAGCUGAGCAAUGGCAGGAUGUCCUGCUCUGCAAGCCAGUACUCACAGUCCUGGAAUGUUUGGAAGCCGGUGAUGAGGGCAUUAUAGGUAGAGGUUCUUCUCUGUCAUCCAUCUCCAUUCAGGGAUGUUGUCCCUGGGUUUUAUAAACUUGAUACUAAACCAUUCUCUGAAUUUGUAUGAUACAUCAAAAACAUCUUUCUGUUCUUCCUGGGAACCAGAGACUUAGUUCAUGUAUUUUGCACUUCCUCAAACCGGCAUGUUCUUUCAUGUUGUGCAUUCAUUUGUACCAGUUUCUUGCUCUGCUAUUUAUUGAUAUAGUUGCCUGGCAAGUCAGUGGGCAUUGUUAGGGUGGAUAUGUUGACUUUCAAAGCUCAUGGCUCAUAUCUAAACCUAUAUAUUACAUGUUCAUCCCCUCAUGAAAACACGAUACUCAGGAAAACUUAUUUUGUAGAUGGAACACGCGUGUCAGGGGUUAAAUUCUUUCCACCUCUCUUGCCCUACAUCAUUGAUAAAGCAUUUGAAGUGCUAUUGGCUAUGUUUUCAGGGAUGUGGAAUCUUGUUCUCCCCGGUCUUUGGUACUGCAUACACCUGUGAUGUGUUGUGAGCACUGAUAUUAUCACUUUGGGGGGUUGUAUUUUAUGCGAACAUCAAACACAAUGGGAUGUCUAAGGGUUUUCUGCAGGUAGUAGGGGAGACAAAUGAUAGGAAAUUUGUUCUUAAAUGUUUGCUGAAGCUGAAGAGCCUCUCUCAUGGACUGUGAUUGCUCAUCUCAAAGUAUAUGUGUUAACAACAUCAGUCUCUAUCCAGGUUCCUUGUGGAGCACUACAUCUUGGGGACAAGGAGCUAGAAACUUUCUAGCUUUCUGGAACAAGAGGCCAGACAUUAUGAUGAAGUCACGGGUACUCAUUCAGAAUCUCAGAUGAGCAGCAUCCAUAGUCAGUGCAGAGUGCUAGAUACCUGAUUUGGGUGUGGCUUCCUAGGGAACCAUGUAGGGAAAGUAAAAGAACAACAGACCCAUUACUUGCAUCUGUACCCACAAUGGCUUGCAAAGAAGAGAAACGUGCGUGUCUUUCAGAGUUCUGUUCUGCCACGGAUCUGAGCAUGGAGUUCCUCCUGAAGCCAGUGCAAAUAUCUCCCCUGUCUGCUAAGUGUACGCAAAGCAUACAGGCCUUUGGCUGUGCUGCAGGUGAGAUACAGGAGAGAACACAUGGAGUUUCUGCAAGUACUAUUGACAGUGAUCUCACUACAGGAUCUAGAAUGCUUCAUGUCUUUUUCAGAGCUUCAGCUCCUGGAUUCGUGCUGCUUCUUGAGAAGUUCAGUCUGUCAUUAAGGUCAACAAUUCUUAUCCUUCAGGCUACAAAGAAAAUCAGUAGCAUAAAUGUUAAUUAUUUGGAUGGGAAGUUGCUAACCAACAACGACUUAGCUCAUAAGUUUUGAGACUCUUAUAACUGGCUUUUGAACACGGGAUUGUCAGGACUGCGUUGAUCAAAGGUCACAGAUUAUUAGAAAAUGUGAGUUACUGGAUUUACCUGGGGAAGCAGCAAGAGAUGAAAAAGCUUUAAACACCCCAGACAGAACUGCAAGUUUGAGACAGUGCUGAGAAUUAACACUUUGCACACUGGGUGCUGUAAGAACUAUUUCCCUGCAGGAGCUUGUUCCCCAACAGCUCCUGUGGCAAGUUACAAAACAGCCUGCAUAAAUGAGUGUCUGAACUGAGAUACGUGAGCAGCUAAUGGCCUGACUUCUUAGGAUGCUGUUGUGGUUUGGAGUUGUGUUUGACCAGGGUUCAUAAGGUCAGGCUUCAUUCUUUAGGCAAGUGCAGAUGGACCGAAGUGCCUAAAAACAGGCAACCAGCAUUGACGGGUUGGCAGUGCUCUAAGCGGAAAGGACAUAUGCCAACAUACUUUUCUAGCUUUUUAGAUUAAGUUGCAGUCUGGCACUGAUUAACAGCGGGGAAUAGCAGUAUUCCUCAACUGAAAUCUAAGAUCAAGCUCUUAGUUUGACAGAUUUGAUGUACUGACAUCUAAUGGCCUCUGAUCUCCCACCAGUCUUGCUUUGUAUGACUUCAUUGACUCUGUCAGUACGACUCCUGAUUUAUGAUAUCAUGAGAGCAAAACUAGAUCACAUGAGCAUGCUCUUGCAGACUCUUACAGGUGGAUAUUGACCUUAGUUCUGCAAACACACGCUUGCUUUUAAAUAUCAGUGGUCUCAAGCCAUUGUAGGAUUGAGCCAUUGGAUUGACCAUCUGAGAGGCAGACAUCAGUCAGCACCCUUUGUAGUAACUGGCCUUCUGAGAGAAAUAACAAACAUGCCCUUUCUGAUGCAGUCCAGAGUCUCAUUUCUGAUGGUGCCACAAAACUCUCAUGUUUGCUUUGUGAUCUAUGUGAGGGUAUUACAUAGAAGAUUUUUCCUGUCCAACCUGAUUGUCACCUGUCGUGGUUUUGCCCUGAGUAACAUGUACAUUUAGAUACUCAUUUCAUGUGUAAUCUCAGUUAAGUUAUGAUAUUUAUAAUGACAUAUAUAUAGUGCGUGAUAAUGAUUUUUUGUUUACAUUCUGCCAAAAUGUAGACAUUAGACCUCCAAGGUCCAAAAUCAUCCUUGAGCAGAAUGCUUGCUUCUUCAGAGGCAGGCAUCAGAAAGAGGAAAACACAAUCCGGAAGGACCAUUUAUAUCAGAAAUCUGCCAAGACAGGGCUGUUGAUCACAAGCGGAGCAUGUCAUUGCUAGUGAUGUAUUUUUAUGCUAUGGAACUCUAACCUGUAUGUGUCAUAUGGACUUCUUGCUGCAUGAAUCAUAAAUUAUAAACAAUCAGUCUUAAUGUAGCCAGCAUUCCUAAGGCUAAACCUUUUUCAUUGACAGAAUCAAAAUCCACAACCAAGGAACGUACUCCUCUCACUGGGAGAGCAAUGGAAAGUGUUCAGUGUUGAUAUUUUCAGACAGGAAGAGGCAACAGGACCUCUUAAUGUGUCUUGUUAUUGUGAUCAUCUGGAAAUGAUUGCCAGACGUUUCCCUUUGAUAUAGCAAUGAAGUGAUCCGUAUUUAAAUUUUAUAGAGAGAAUUUUAUUCUAGUGUGAUAGAGAUUUAUUUUCCACUUAAAGACUCAAAAUGGUGUGAGCACAUUUUUUU